CUAGACCCUUCUUUUCCCUUUAAAAGACUCGUACUCUUUUCCCCACUUUCUCUCAAAACCCCAUCGUUGUUCUCGUCUUCUUCUCUCUUUCUCACAGUCUCAGACUCUCUCUCUCUUUGUUUUCUGUUUCAGCCAUGUACCGCUUUGCCUCAAGUCUCGCCUCUAAAGCUCGGCUUGCUAGGAACACAACCCAGCAGAUUGGUAGUAGAUUGAGUUCUAGUAGAAACUAUGCCGCCAAAGAUAUAAGAUUUGGGGUGGAGGCCCGGGCUCUGAUGCUAAAGGGUGUGGAGGAGCUUGCUGAUGCUGUUAAGGUCACCAUGGGUCCUAAGGGACGUAAUGUGGUAAUCGAACAAAGUUGGGGUGCCCCAAAAGUGACAAAAGAUGGUGUCACUGUAGCAAAGAGCAUUGAAUUCAAGGACAAAGUCAAGAAUAUUGGUGCUAGCCUUGUGAAGCAGGUUGCAAGUGCCACCAAUGAUGCAGCAGGGGAUGGGACCACAUGUGCCACAGUACUUACACGGGCAAUAUUUACCGAAGGGUGCAAAUCCGUUGCCGCAGGGAUGAAUGCAAUGGACCUAAGACGUGGUAUUAGCAUGGCAGUUGAUUCUGUUGUUAAUCAUUUGAAGAGUAGUGCACGAAAGAUCAGCAAAAGUGACGAAAUAGCACAGGUUGGGACAAUAUCUGCAAAUGGAGAGAGAGAAAUUGGUGAGUUGAUUGCAAGGGCAAUGGAGAGAGUUGGCAAAGAGGGAGUAAUCACAAUUCAAGAUGGAAAAACAUUGUACAAUGAGUUGGAAGUUGUUGAGGGCAUGAAGCUCGAACGGGGUUACAUAUCCCCUUACUUCAUUACUAACCAGAAAAACCAGAAAUGUGAACUGGAAGACCCUCUCAUUCUAAUCCAUGAGAAGAAAAUCUCAAGUUUAAAUGCCAUCAUUAAAGUAUUAGAACUGGCUUUGAAGAGACAAAGGCCGUUACUAAUUGUUUCAGAAGAUGUGGAAAGUGAGGCUUUGGCAACUCUCAUUCUCAAUAAGCUUCGUGCUGGAAUCAAGGUUUGUGCUAUCAAAGCCCCUGGUUUUGGUGAAAACAGGAAGUCCAAUCUGCAGGAUCUUGCCAUUCUUACAGGAGGCGAACUUAUUACUGAAGAGCUUGGCAUGAAUCUUGAAAAAGUGGAUCUGGAUAUGCUUGGCUCAUGCAAAAAGGUUACAAUAUCAAAGGAUGACACUGUUAUUCUUGAUGGUGCUGGGGACAAGAAGGCUCUUGAGGAAAGAUGUGAACAGAUCCGGUCCGCAAUUGAAAAUAGCACCUCUGAUUAUGACAAAGAAAAGUUACAAGAGAGAUUGGGAAAGCUUUCUGGUGGUGUAGCAGUUUUGAAGAUUGGAGGAGCUAGUGAAACUGAAGUUAGUGAGAAGAAGGAUAGAGUGACUGAUGCCUUAAAUGCCACAAAGGCAGCUGUUGAAGAGGGUAUAGUGCCAGGUGGUGGCGUUGCUCUUCUUUAUGCAUCAAAAGAGUUGGAAAAGCUGGAAACUGCUAACUUUGAUCAGAAGAUUGGUGUUCAGAUUAUUCAGAAUGCUUUGAAGACACCUGUGUACACAAUUGCUUGUAAUGCUGGAGUUGAGGGGGCUGUUGUUGUUGGUAAGCUGUUGGAGGAAAAUGACCCUGACAAAGGAUAUGAUGCAGCCAAAGGUGAAUAUGUUGAUAUGGUCAAAGCCGGAAUAAUUGAUCCAGUGAAAGUGAUUAGAACUGCUUUGGUUGAUGCUGCAAGUGUAUCAUCUUUGAUGACGACCACUGAAGCUAUUGUGACUGAAAUACCCAAGGAUGAUAAAGAAGCUCCGGCAAUGGGAGGUGGCAUGGGUGGCAUGGGUGGCAUGGAUUAUUGAGGCUCUUUUGCUUGUUGAACAAUCAUCCCUAUUUUCACUCCAAGAUCCAUAACUGAUGCAAUCAUCAGGAAUUUUUCUUGUAUGUCUUAAUUGGUUUGGUCACAAGGCAUCCAUGUAAUCAUAGAGAACAAAGUAGGUAGCUUUGGUAACUUAGGAUGAAACCUGUGAUUGUUGCUUCAAUGAGGAAUCAUCAUGUAUCGGAACUUUAUUUAUUUUUUUCCAAAUAAACCAUCGGUUUCCUUCCUUUUUAAA